CACUUUAGCCAAUCGGGCGAAGGCGCGGACCCGAACGUUACUUUUUGAACCCGAGAUAUAUGUGCACUCUCUCACUCUGCCAAGCAGCGGCACUCGGGAGCUUUUCGACGCCAACUUGAGACUUCUCUCGGUCUGCCAACAUCACCAUUUUCUCAACAAACAACUCCACUCGGAUAAAACGUCUCAUUUUUUCCCCUCCUUCCUUUUUUGUUGUUGCUUUACUCCGCACUGAGCCUUGCCUGUCGGGAAAAAUGUCAAAGAAGGAAAUUAUCUACUCUGACAAAUACAACGACGACGCCUUCGAGUACAGGCAUGUGGUGUUACCGAAGCAGCUGUCCAAACUGGUGCCCGCCUCGCACCUCAUGUCCGAGGAGGAGUGGCGGGGCCUCGGCGUGCAGCAGAGCCAAGGAUGGAUCCACUACAUGAUCCACAAACCAGAGCCUCACAUCCUGCUCUUCAGAAGGCCUCUCUCCAAGCACUAAUGUGUAACAGCCUAGGUGCCGUUUUGUUUUCUCUUCCUUCUUGUGUAGGUCUACAUACACAUUAAUUACAUCGUAAUUGUACAAGGUGAACAAACCCCGGUUCUAUUGUGUGCUCUUUGAAAUUCCCUCACAUCAAAGUGAAAUGACCUCAGUCUUCCACAUAAAGCUUAAGUUGUAUAUUUUUAAUACAUUUGCUCUUAUGUUUUUUUGUUAAUGGGUUUGUGUACCACUUUCGUGGUACUUUUUGUUUUUUAAGCUUUAUCUGUUAAGUGUACUUUCAUUGUAAUUCCAUGGUUGUAAAUAUUAAAUCUUAAUUAUUUUUUUCUGUCUCAAUGUUUGUGAGUUGAACAAAUUAAAAUGUU